CGGUGCAGUCAUCUCCACGUUGGUAUUGGUGAAUAUAUAGAAUCGUCUACCCUCUAUGUACGCCUUGCAGCUACAGCUAAUAACCCUGUCUUCCUCGCCUUUAGCGGCUCUUUGCUAGGCCCCAUGGCCUGCUUGCUCCCUUCUACUCGGUUGUAUUAAAACCCGGGCUCCUACCCCGCAAACGAGGUGCUCUCGCAGACUAGAGAUGUAGUGAGUGAUGGCUACUUACUCCGAGUGGCAAUGGUCUGCAGAGCAGCGUCAACAUUAUUGCGCGGUUUACGAUGAAGAGGGGACCUUGAUCGAAUAUCAAUGGGAACGUGGCCAUCGACAGCCAGUGGCCCCCAGCCAACAGACACAUCAAGCCCGGCCACAGCCGCAAGCACCUCAAACACUGCAGUCGACUUCACCAAAUCCUACCGUUCCCCGCAGCGUGCAGCCCUACCUUUCAGGGCUAGCAGCCCCUCCAGCGCAGUCAUCAGCAGUUCCGCAAGCACAAUAUCAGACAUCUCUACACCCAAAUUAUAACCAAUACCAAGUAUCUUCUCAGCCUCAGGCACGGAACUAUACAAUUUCUCCCCAGCUAAGCAAUGCGGCACCUAUGCAACCGGGAAAUCCGGUCGCAGCGCAUAAUCAAAUCCAAUCCCCCUACGCGACAUCUCCUCAUACUUCCCAAUCACAAUAUUAUACAACAUCUCAUCUCUAUGGAAACCAGCCGAGGUAUACAGUUAGCUCUGCUACUCUCCCACAAGAUAUUCAGGAGAGUGUAGGCGGCGAUAAGAAGCAACGAUUCAUACAGACAGAAAACACUGACCGACAAGACGAGAGACUCAGCACGCAAUAUAAACGGGUGUCUUCUCAAGACCAGGAGCAAUUCUUUUGCCGAGGUAGGGUUUUCAAGAUGCUUUGGACUGAGCCAGCCGGCCAGCAGAACUUUGGAAAGACUAGAGGCUCCACCCAUUUCAGUGUGGUGUGGCUGGGCGAAGGAGUAUAUUCGGAGAUUAGGCGAUUUAUAGUUGUGCAAAACAAAGGGACCUUUAGUCAGUGCAUCCCUGUGCAAACAUACCGACGCCAAGGCGCAACCAAAGAGGGACUUGUUGUAGACGAUCACGCCAUUGUCUAUACGGGUCAUUCAGGUGUACCCCCACCUGCCCUUCUGGCGGGCGAAUACAUCACGAAACUUCCCCUUCGUGUGAUCCCAUACAAGAACGAGUCUCUUGACAAGGAAUCCCGUGUUAAUUUUGGUAAGCCUUACGCCGUAGAGCACAACGUUAAAGUCGUCGAGAUUGGUAUGAUUGCUGAGGAGCACAUCCAUCUUCUUGUCAACUAUUUUACACAAGGCAUGAGUAUCAGAUAAGUUCGAACUAUUUCCGGUCAUCCUUUCAGUGGACUAAUGAUUUCGUGUUUCGUACUCAUCCAUAUACGGAGAGCGACCGGAUGAAGUCCAAAGAUAUACGUGGAAGUGUUAAACCCUAUACGAUGUGCUCCAUCUCCCUUCAUUCCUCUCCCUUUCAAAAUCUCAUUU